AUGCGCAUAGGCAUCAUCAUUCUCGGCUGUUUCACUGCGAACAAUGAGGCUGCAGUGAAUAAGAAACUAACUCCGGAUUCUCCGAGUGCGUUGGAGAUGACGUUCGGAGAAGCCAGACCUGAAGACAGAUUCCUUGGGAGGAAGCUGCGCCAUCCAGCGUGUGUCGCGGUGGCCGGAAGAGAAAUCAGAGGCUACGUUGAGUACACCAUCUCAGAGUUGAAGGGCUUGGAAAGGACCCUUGACGAUGAUGAAAUGGGUGAUGAUGACGUUUUCGAAGCUCCCGCCGAUGAGAACAUGAUCUUCACUAAACAGGCUGAGAUCGACAAUUUCCACAUCAAGAAGGCGUGGCAGAACAGGUUGCCGGAGUUCUUGAAGUUCUGUCAAAAACAAAUCGCGAGGAGCUUUCCACAAGUUGGUGUGAUUCGUAUACGUGUCAGAGAGCCGAAUAAGGAUCCGGUGGAGAAAGCAGACUUCCAGCGAACUCCUCGGGAAGACUAA